GAUCCACACUCAGGACCUCUCAGAUGAACCACACUUCAUGUCAAGCCUCUGUGCAGCGCUGUCACUUCCUGCCUGUGAUUAAUGCUCUCUGUGCUGCAGGGCCAAAGCUCUCCUGAUGACCUGCUUCUUGUUAACUGAAGGAGAGAAAAAGUCAGUCAGUCACAAAGAGGAAGGAAGAGAGCUCGACUGGACUGAGUGAACAAGUGCUCAUCAAGGGCUGCAAUGGGACAGACGUCUUUUCUGCUCUUGCUGAUCUCACUGCUGUGCUGCAGGACCGAAGGAGCUCGUCUGACUGUGAGUCCCAGCAGCUCUCAGCUGUUUAAAGGAGAGUCUGUCUCUCUGAGCUGUGAGGAGGACGACAGCUCUGCUGGAUGGACGCUGAGGAGGAACACAACCAGAGAAACCAGGACUCCGUGUGACGACUGGGGAAAACCUGCUGGUUCUUCCUGUAAGAUCAGCCACAUCGACCCAUUGGACAGUGGAGUUUACUGGUGUGAGUCCAGAGAGGGAGCAACCAGUAACACCAUCAGCAUCACUGUCACUGAUGGACCAGUGAUCCUGCAGAGUCCUGUCCUCCCUGUGAUGGAGGGACAUGAUGUCACUCUGCACUGUAAAACAGAGACCCCUCCCUCCAACCGCCCAGCUGCUUUCUAUAAAGAUGGCUCCCUCAUCAGCACUGAGCCUACAGGUCACAUGACCAUCCGCCAUGUUUCCAAGUCUGAUGAAGGCCUCUACAAGUGUCACAUCAGCCGUCACGGAGAGUCUCCACCCAGCUGGAUCUCUGUCUCAGGGAAACCCACCACUACACCUCCUCCCACCUCCACCUCUACUUCCUCCUCCACCUCUACUUCCUCCUCCUCCACCUUUGUUUCUUUGUCACCACCCUCUCCUCUCUCUGUGUUGUGGUCAUCUUUCUAUGUUGUUCUGGUUGUGCUGGUUCUACUGGUUCCACUGGUUCCACUGGUUCUACUGUUGAGACGGUGUGUUUGGAGGAAACAUAAAGCUGCUGAAGAAAAUGACAUCACAGAUGACAUCAAAAUAUCCCGUCACCAACAACAGCCAAUCAGACGAAGCAGAGAGUUUCCAGCAGAGCCAGAGGUCGUCUACUCGUCACUGAGGUCGACCUUCACACCAGUCCGAGCGCUGACGUCCAGCUGGCCUAUAACUGGUCCCCAGAGCCCCUCACACCUCAGUGAAAUGACAAAACUAAAACUAAAGAUUAAAAUAAAUUUAUAAAUUUAUUAAGUCACUCAGUUUUUCCCCUCUAAAAGUGUUUCAGUACAGUGCACAACACCAACAUGUUACCUGUUUGGUUGCACUUUUAUUCUUUUAUUUCUAUUAAUCAGAAUCUAAUGAUAACUUCCAGUUGUUUUGUGGUUUAUAUAUUAAAUAACUUUACUGUUGCUGAUAUUUAUUCAUGUUUUUGGACUCUUGUUGCCGCAGCAGUGAACGUGUUUCUCUGCAGGAUCAAUAAACUUUGGUCUCAUUCUUGUUUUA